AUGAAGCAGUUGUUCGAAGAAAUGUUGGGUGUUCCAGUGCUUCUGGAGGUCGCCAAAGAGUUCGGGCCAGUUGAAGUCUUGCGCGAGGUCCAUGCCAUCUGCGCCAGUGUCUACGCCGCUGCGGUCACGACGGUGCCUUCGACCUUUCCGCCGUUGGGGAUAAUGGUGGACGAAUUAGAUUAUCAUCUAGCGGAUUCGGUGAGCCAAGAAACCAGGUCCAAUCGCUUCAGCGCGGUGCGAGAUGUUCUCGAGGCCGCCCCGAAGGCUCUGCUGGACGAGCUGGAGGCUUCCGAGAGCAGGUGCAGGGACAGAUCGCCCAAGCGCCAGCGCACCGAAUGA